UAUAACAAAUACACAUUGAUCAAAUUAAAGCCAUCUUUUAUUGAAAUCACAAUGUUUGUUGUAAAUAUUCCUAAAAAUAAUUAAUCAGAGCAAGUAAUGUGUUUGUAGAAUUUCGAAUAAAAUGCCCAAUGGCUGUAAAGAAACGUUUAUCGAUACCGAAACAAAAAUGGCGUAAAUUGUUGAAUGUCAAUAGUGAAAAUGUUUUAAAAAGUAAAUAGAAAUGUUAUCGUCAAUAAUGUUUAUGUUAUUUAGUGUUAUCGUCCUUACUUUCUCCCUGAGUUCAGGGUCAGCAGAGAUGCUCCUGCAGCAGCAGCCGUCCCUCUACCUGUACAGUCCGGGCGAGCUUGAAUUCGCUGACGUCAUCGUGAAGCAAGCUGGAGACAAUCUCACGCUGAUCUGCGAGCUGAAGGGCGAGACCGCGCCCGCUUACUACUGGAACUAUUUGUCGUUCAACAAUACUGUUAUGGACAAGCCGUACACCAUAACCUCGAACAGCACCGGCAGCCAGCUGGUGAAGCUGGAGCUGAGCCCGCGCGACAGCGGCCGCGUCGUCUGCUCCGCGCCGCCCGCCAGCCGCGCCAAGCACGUGCUGGUGCAGCCGCCGCGUGAGUACCGCGUAUACAGCUCGCGUGUAUACAGCAGCUCGCGUGUAUACAGCAGCUCGGGUGUAUACAGCAGGCCACACCAUAACCUCGAACAGCACCGGCAGCCAACUGAUCAAGCUGGAGCUGAGCCCGCGCGACAGCGGCCGCGUCGUCUGCUCCGCGCCGCCCGCCAGCCGCGCCAAGCACGUGCUGGUGCAGCCGCCGCCACCGGCAGCCAACUGAUCAAGCUGGAGCUGAGCCCGCGCGACAGCGGCCGCGUCGUCUGCUCCGCGCCGCCCGCCAGCCGCGCCAAGCACGUGCUGGUGCAGCCGCCGCGUGAGUACCGUGUAUACAGCAGCUCGGUGUAUACAGCAGCUCGCGUGUAUACAGCAGGCGCAGCAGCUCGGGCUGUAUAUUGCAGGCUACAGCAGGCCAUAUCACAGCUCAGACUGUAUACAGCAAGCCGCAUCACAGCUCAGGCUGUCUAUAGCAGGCUCGACUAG